AUGAACUCGACGAUCUACACGCGCGAGCCCUGCGACGACGACAGCGCCGCCGACGCGUUCGACUUCGUGGUGGUGGGGGCGGGCGCGGCGGGCUGCGUGCUGGCCAACCGCCUCAGCGAGGGCGGCAACUGGACCGUGCUGCUGCUGGAGGCCGGCGGCUCGGAGACCUACUCCAUGAGCGUGCCCUACUUCAUGGGCCGGCUGCAGCAGACCGAGUUCAACUGGAACUACCGGACCGUGCCCUCCGACACCGUGGGAGCGGGGCUCGACGGCAAGAUCAACUACUGCCCGAAAGGCAAGAUCGUGGGGGGAACCACCGUUUUGAAUGCGAUGUGCGUCAUUCGGGGGCACAGAAAAGAUUUCGAUCGCUGGGAGGCCAUUGGGAAUACGGGAUGGGGAUAUGAGGGCGUGUUGCCGUAUUUUAGGAAGAUGGAAGACAUGCAGAUUCCGCAUUUAAAGAACAGUAAAUACCACGGAAGAGGCGGGCCGAUAAAAAUCGAUUACUUCCCGUAUCAGUCGGAGCUGAGCAAACUAGUCAUCCAAGCCGGAAAGGAAAUGGGCUACGAAGAGUUGGACUACAACGGCGAGAAAAUGACAGGAUUCGGCAGAGUCCAGACGACAUCUUUCAACGGCACGCGCUGGAGCGCCUCCAGAGGAUAUCUCCACCCCAUCCGCCAUCGUAAGAACUUCUUCCUCCGAAAGAGGAGCCUCGUCUACAAAAUACUUAUUAACGAAGGGACGAAGACGGCGUUCGGAGUGAAGUACAGAAGGGACGGGAAAUCCUUCACGGUGUUCGCGCGGAGAGAAGUGAUCGUCUCCGCGGGCCCCAUCGCAGCCCCGCAGCUCCUCAUGCUGUCCGGCGUGGGGCCGAAAGAGCACCUCCAGAAGCUGAAGAUCCCCGUGAUCCACGACCUUCCGGGCGUUGGGCGAAACCUUUUGAAUCACGGAGCGUAUUUGGGGCUCAUCUUCACCACCGACAAGCCGCUGUCGCGCACGCCGCAGCAAGUGUACGGCGACGCAGCGAACUACGUCGACUACUUCACGGCGCAUCGCGGCCCGUUGUCGUCGGUUGGGAUAGAGACUGUGUCGUUCCACGAGCUCAAAGGCACCGAAUUUUACUCGCCCGGGUACCCGCGCUUCGAAAGCCAGUACGUGUCGUCGACGCUGAUCGUCAACAGGGAGACCGCUGGGGGGUUCCGUAUUCCCCCUCAUUUGUACGACACGUACUUCAAGCCUCUCGAGAACAAAAAUUCAUUCCAAGUGUAUGUUUUUGACCUUCGUCCGAAAAGUGUAGGAAAGCUUACACUUGCCGACAACAACAUAGAUACACCUCCUAUAAUUGAUACGAAUGUUUUUGGAGAGGAAGAGGACGUAAAAGUCACCAUUGCCGGUAUUCGAGAAAUGAUAAAAAUGAUGGAUACCCCUAGUUUUAAGAAAGUUGGAGGAAAACUAUAUGAUACUCCUCUACCUGGAUGUGAAACUUACGCUUUCGGAAGCGACGAUUACUGGAAGUGUGCUAUUCAUAAACUUUCCGUGAUAUUCUAUCAUGAAAGUGGAACAUGUAAAAUGGCACCAAUUUCAGACAAAAUGUCCGUAGUUAGCCCAGAACUGAAAGUACACGGAAUAAGAAAUCUGAGAGUUAUUGAUACUAGCAUAAUGCCAUUUAUGGUGUCAGGGCAUUUAUCUGUAACAGGAUACAUGAUUGGCGAAAAAGGCUCUGAUUUGGUCAAGAAGGAUCAUUACUCUGUAGAACAAAUUAAAAGUUCCUAG